GGGAUAAACUAGCACAAGGAAAGAGGCGAAAGAAACUUUGCUUCAGCUGAUAACAAAAGUCAUAAAACUCUUAAACCUGCUUCAAUCUUCUCUCUUCAUUUGCUUUACUUUCAUUCUUUGGCAUCUUCUUCAGAACACUAAUUUGAUUUUGGAUCUGUUCGUGAUCCGAGGAAGAAACAAUGGCGUAUGUAGAUCACGCGUUCUCCAUAUCCGACGAUGACAUCAUGAUUGAAACCCCAUACACUGUAAGCAACCGACCUCCGGUGAAGGAAAUCGCCCUGGCCGUUUCUCUCCUCGUCUUCGGCGUCUUCGCCAUCAUCCUCGGUUCUUUCAUGGCCGCCAACAAGGUCGGAGGCGACCGAGCUCACGGGCUAUUUUUCGCUGUACUGGGAGGAAUUCUGUUCCUUCCUGGGUUCUACUACACUCGGAUCGCAUAUUAUGCGUACAAGGGGUACAAAGGUUUCUCCUUCUCCAACAUACCUCCUGUGUAGAUCACCAACAACAGCACCAGGUUCGUUGUACAGAUCGUCUCAUUCUCUGCUUCUUGCAUCACACUGAACCCAUCUCAUCGUUUUGUGCUCUGUAGUAACCGUCUUUGUCAAAUUCACGUGUAUAUAAUAAGGCGAAUCCUUUGGAGAACAGUGUUAGAUCCUUGUAGCAAACAAAUGAACAAGUGAUUCUCAGUUGAAUUUCUGGAUCAUAUUAAUCAAUGACCUGUUAUAUUUAACUACCACCUCCCAUCUUGUUAUAUAUUGAAUACAAACUAAUGCAGACUGUAUUAUU